AUGACAUCAAAAGACGUCGAAGCUCUUCAAGUAGUGGGGAACUCCCCACAGUCAACAAAUCGGAUCGGAGAUGUGAACUACGGAUGUGGUGACGUGCCUGUUCUAGGUCAAGCUGAGGUUAGAGUUUUAUAUAAAAACCAGAACCUAGUGUUACCACUAUUGAUUGUUGAGGUUUGUCGUAAAGACCAGCCUAUUUUGCUUGGAAGGAACUGGUUAGCAAAAUUAAAGUUGGAUUGGCAUGCUGUAUUUUCAAGAUCGUAUGAUACUACUGGUACUAAAUCUAAGUCUACAGUGAAUGUUACCACAUGUGAAUUGAAGCAAUCUAAUUGUGAAGUUGUGUUGCCUAAUGGCAAACUUGAGGCUGAAGUAGAGGCGUUAAAGAAAAAGUACAAUGCAGUGUUUCAAGGGGGGCCAGGAGAAAUAAAAGGUGUUAAGGCUCAAGUCACUCUCAAGGACAAUGCUGUUCCUAAGUUUUGCAAAUUUAGGCCUGUGCCUUACUCGUUAAGGGAAAAAGUAGAACAAGAAUUAGAUCGGUGGGUUGAGGAUGGUAUAGCGUACAGAGUUUCUAGUUCAGAAUGGGCUACUCCGUUAGUUACAGUGCCCAAGACUAAUGGUGUCCGAUUGUGCGCAGACUUCAAAGUAACAUUGAAUCCGGUGUUACAGACGGAACAUUAUCCAUUACCUCAACCUGAGGAUAUAUUUGCUUCUCUGUCUGGUUGUACAUAUUUUUCAGUUGUGGAUCUCACUAAUGCUUAUCAACAAUUAGCUGUUGCGGAGGAUUCACAACCUCUGUUGACGUUAACAACUCACAAGGGACUAUUUCGACUAAGACGUCUGCCAUUUGGACUUUCUUCAGCUCCAGCUAUAUUUCAAGCUGUGAUCGAUCAAGUUAUAAACGGAUUGCCAGUACACUAUGAUGUCUUGAAACCUUUAGUGCUCACUUGUGAUGCUAGUCCUAAAGGAGUUUCUGCCAUUUUGUCCCAUAUCAUAAACGGAGAAGAAAGACCUAUAGCGUUUGCAUCAAAAACACUGAGUGCCAUGGAUAGUUUUUCAAAGUGGAUGGAAGUAUUUUUAAUGGGUUCUAUUUCCACGGGGAAGACCAUUGAGAAACUUCGUACACUAUUUUCUGCUUAUGGUUUACCUGAGGAGUUGGUGUGUGACAACGACACGUCUUUUACAAGCCUAGAAUUCAGGGAGUUUCUUAGAAAAAAUGGUGUGAAACUAACAUUUUCUCCACCAUAUCACCCUGCCUCCAAUGGAGCAGCCGAGCGUUCUGUUCAAGAAGUUAAGAAAAACCAUCUUAGGCCAACUGAGGUAGAGGAGGACGAAAUCAUUGUGCGCAAAGAGGAAGUUGGAAGGACUAUUGAGGCACAUCAACAAGAAUUCAAUAGAGAUUUGCCUAUUCUUCAGGAGUCUACAUCACCAUCAAUAUCAAGACAUGAUGCUUCACCUUAUUUGCCUAGAUUGAAGUCUGAUGUUGGGAAACCACGGGGUGUACAAUACAGUCCAUCUACAGUUUUGAGGAGAUCACAGAGGACUGUGCACAAGCCGGAGAAAUUGGAUCUAUAA